GGGAACGCUGACUCUGGAGGCUGCUGGGAUUAGGGUGGGGGUGACUGAGAAGCAGUCCUUCUGUAAGAGCAAAGAGCCUCCAGGGUGAGGAGAGGAAGGAGAGAGAUGGAACUAGGCCGGUCUGCGGGGAAACGCGACAGUCUUGGUAGAGGGACAGUGUCUUGGUAAUGUCCAGGGCUCCAGGAAGAGAUGUCCUUGUGGCUGGAGGCCCCAAUGCCUGAUGUUUCUCCUGAUUCUGCAACGGAGUUGUGGAAGACAGAACCUCAAGAUGCAAGAGACCAGGGAGGCAACAGUUGCAUCCUCAGGGAGGAAGCCAGGAUGCCCCAAUCAACUGGGGGUGCUUUAAGGAUAGGAUUGGAGUCAGCAGAGCCUACAGCCCUGCUCCCCACGGUAGAGACCCUGCCAGAGCCUACAGAGCUUCGUCCACAAAAGCGGAAAAAGGGGCCAGCCCCCAAAAUGCUGGGGAAUGAGUUGUGCAGUGUAUGUGGGGACAAGGCCUCUGGCUUCCAUUACAAUGUGUUGAGCUGCGAGGGCUGCAAGGGAUUCUUCCGUCGCAGUGUCAUCAAGGGAGCACGCUACGUUUGUCACAGUGGCGGCCACUGCCCCAUGGACACCUACAUGCGGCGGAAAUGCCAGGAGUGUCGACUUCGCAAAUGCCGCCAGGCAGGCAUGAGGGAGGAGUGUGUCCUGUCAGAAGAACAGAUCCGCUUGAAGAAACUGAAGCGGCAAGAAGAGGAGCAGGCUCAAGCCACAUCGGUGUCCCCAAGGGUUUCCUCACCUCCCCAAGUCCUGCCACAGCUCAGCCCAGAGCAACUGGGCAUGAUCGAAAAGUUGGUGGCUGCCCAACAGCAGUGUAACAGGCGCUCCUUCUCUGACCGACUCCGAGUCACGCCUUGGCCCAGUGCACCUGACCCUCAGAGCCGGGAAGCCCGCCAACAACGCUUUGCCCACUUUACCGAGCUGGCCAUCGUGUCUGUGCAGGAGAUUGUUGACUUUGCCAAACAGCUCCCUGGCUUCCUCCAGCUCAGCAGGGAGGACCAGAUCGCCUUGCUGAAGACCUCUGCGAUUGAGGUGAUGCUUCUGGAGACGUCACGGAGGUACAACCCUGGGAGUGAGAGUAUCACCUUCCUCAAGGAUUUCAGUUACAACCGGGAAGACUUUGCCAAAGCAGGGCUGCAGGUGGAAUUCAUCAAUCCCAUCUUUGAGUUCUCUAGAGCCAUGAAUGAACUACAACUCAAUGAUGCUGAAUUUGCUUUGCUCAUUGCCAUCAGCAUCUUCUCUGCAGACCGGCCCAACGUGCAGGACCAGCUCCAGGUAGAGAGGCUGCAACACACAUAUGUGGAGGCCCUGCAUGCCUAUGUCUCCAUCAACCACCCCCACGACCGACUGAUGUUCCCACGGAUGCUAAUGAAGUUGGUGAGCCUCCGGACUUUGAGCAGCGUCCAUUCAGAGCAAGUGUUUGCACUUCGCCUGCAGGACAAAAAGCUUCCCCCUCUGCUGUCUGAGAUCUGGGAUGUCCACGAGUGACUGUUUCUCCAUGUCCUUUGUGUUGGCCACAUGGCUGCUUCCUAGAGGUGGAGCAGACUGAGAAGGGCAAACAUUCCUGGGUGAAGGAGAUCCUUGCAUGGCAUUAAGGGAAAGUCAAAGGGUUGGGUGUUUUGUGGCUGCUGGGCAGUUGGGGACCUACUAACGUUGUAUGCCAUCUGAAGACCUUGUCAACCCAACCCAAUAAACUAGCCAGGAGGCCCACUUUGUGCAGGGUUCUUCAGGGCCCUGCCCA